CGUAGGCAGCAAAACGUUCUCAACGUUUACGUCCAGGAACUGAUGUUGCCGUGAAAAGAAACCCUUACAACUUCUCUAGCGGACUGAACACAAGAUAUCAGGAUGUUGUCAAAGAAGGGGGAACAGAGGUCCUUCAGCAACAGGCAGCUGAGAGACCAAUGGGAGAAGAGAGUGCAAACCAUAGAAGACAAGUGCAAAAAGGAAGAACUGAAGGAGAAAAGUUCCCUCAAACUGCUUUGCUCAAAGUGGAAUUAUCACUGGUCUCUGGGGGCCACUGGAGACACAAGCUCAGAACAGGCAGAAAAACCCCAGCCAAAAAUCAAAUUCAAAAUUGUACCACCUCCUCCUCCCAAACCCAUAACUAAGCCUACUCCAGCACCUCCUCCCAAGAGGACACCAUCUCCCAAACCUCUUAAGUUCAAGCGUAAAGUGGAAGUGGAUGUAUUCCGGUUACGCUGGAAAGAAUCUUGGAUGAACGUGAAACCACCAAAGUAUCUUUUUCUCAAAGCCAAAGAGUCAAAAGCAAUCAUACAAGGAUUUACAACCAUAGAACUGGUCAACAACAAGGUGUCCAAACUUUUGGGAUAUGCACCACAGCCUGAAUGUACAUCCACUGGUGAUUGGAGUCAAUCAUGGAAACAGGAUUUAAUGAGUAUGUUACCGGGAAUGUUGGGCGAGAGGCGGAAGUUCAGGGGGAUGUCCUUGAGGCAAGCAGGAAGUCGGGGGCUAAGCGGGGCGAAGAAGGUCCGUGUCCAAGCGGGUGGUUGA